AAUCAAGCCAGGAUAACUCGACGGCCAUUUAAUAUAAAUUACUCCCCUGCAUACCCUUAUCCUUAUCAUCCAGGACCUCCACCAGGAGUCUAUCCUGGCAAUCGACAGCCAGCAAAUGACGAACCUGCUGCAACAGGUCAAGAUGGCAGCUCGAGAGUAGUCGACGACCAGAACCAAGGACAGUCGACCCUAGGUUAUGGCUACGACAGUCCACAGUUUAAUUACAGACCGCCUUAUCCUGAUGGUUUCUAUCCUGGCUACCCAGGAUUCUAUCCUAGACCCUUCAAUGACACAAAUCCAGUGGAUCCUAGGAACGGUUCAGGUCCUUAUCCCUUUGGACCGCCAUUCUACGACCCGAAGUUUGGUCCUUAUUUCCCUUACCAACAGCCCUACCCUAAUUUUCCUGGGAAGUCUGGGCAAAAUGGAAAUCAGGAACAGGCUGACGCACAACAAAAU